UUUUGCGACGCCAAAUCGGCUCUACUGUAAUGUCAAAAUUUUUCGCCCGAGGUAGUGAGAUUUGACACGUCUGCAAGCCUUUAAUUGCUUCUUGUGAACUUCCUUAGCUCUAGCAAAUAUCGAUCAAUAUUUACUUUUGGAAACAUGGCAAAAAGCAAACAAGCCUCUGGGCCCAGGCCUCAAAGACCGCAAAAUCCAUACUUGUUGCUUUACAACUCGACUUCCUUGCUUCUCUGGUCCUACAUCCUCGUCACGGCGAUCACAACCUACUUUUCUGCAGGCAACGCUGCCGUCUGGGACCGCCUGCAUUUGGCCGUGCGAUGGACCGAAACGCUGGCGGCACUCGAGGUCGUGCACGCCCUCGUCGGCCUCGUGCGAGCCUCGCCCCUGACGACGGCGGUGCAGGUCGCUGGACGUAAUACCCUCGUCUGGGCCAUCUGCCGCAACUACCCGGACGUCGCGGCUGCCAACUGGGCGUACACAUCCAUGGUCAUCGCUUGGGCGGUUGCUGAUGUCGUGCGUUUUGCGUACUUUGCCCUGGAUGGGGUUUUUGGUCAGGUCCCUGGGUGGUUGGUUUGGUUAAGGUAUAACAUGUUCAUGGUUCUGUAUCCUCCCGGAAUACUGUCGGAAGCCUGGUUGUGCUACAAGAUCAUCGAGCCGUCAAAGGCCAGGAAUCCUAUGUACCAGUACUUGCUCUGGGCUGGUAUCACAUUCUAUAUCCCCGCGUCAUACGUUCUCUUCAGUCAUAUGUUCGCCCAGAGACGCAAGAUGGCCCAGAGGAAUACUGUCAUGGUCAACCCACAAGGCAAGCAACAGUGACUUUAGUUGGAUUGCUCCUGCCGGAAACUAUACCGUAGCUUGUCAUAAUUCUCAGCUGCCUAGAAUUAAGGAUGAAUACCAUGAGCGAAGCCGUACGUUGAGUCUUCACAGCUUGGCAUAUAAAUCCUAAGCAAUCAUUUUGAG